GUCAAGACUUAAUUAGUUUUAUUAUUAUUAUUAUUAUUAUUAUUAGUUGACAUUAUUUUAACAAUGACAGUAACAACAUUGUUCGCUUUCGUGACUGUUGCAUCGUUGAUCGUUUCCCCAGAAAAACGUCCCAUCAUCAACCAGACUCAGCUGAUUGAAGCACCAGAAGGAUCUAAUUUGACUCUACAGUGUCAAACUGAUCCAGAGAUCAACCUAACAAACUACACCUUGGACUGGAGGAGAAUGGACAUCACAAAUGUCUCAGACCGCUUUGUCUACUCCCGUCGUCGUGGGACAGAUCAUCCUGAGGAACAGAUGCAGCGAUACAAGAACAGAGCAGAGCUGAUUAAAGAGGACCUGACCAGAGGAUGGAUGACUCUACUGAUCCCCACAGUCCAGCAGUCUGACUCAGGACACUUCAGAUGCUUCAUCCCAAAGCUGAGGGUCGGCUUUGUUUUCAACAUUACCGUGACAAAGAGAGAGGAUGUCGCCACGACGACGUCUCCAGGAUACAGAGUCAUGAACCCCACUGUGUCUGGUCCUGUAGAGAAGAGAAGCCACUGGAUCAUUCUUGGCGUCUGUAUUUGUUUCCUUGUUCUUGGUUUCAUCAUUGGAGUCCUGGUGAAGAACAGAAGGAUUAGGAUGCGCAGACGGAGAAUAGAUGAAGAAAUGGGAAUAAGAAGAUGAAGGAGACGAGGACGAGGACAGAGACAAAGAUGAGGACGAGGACGUCACCAACGUGAACGUGGUCAUGAACCUCCAGCAUUAGAUUAACAGAGUGGUGGAUGAAGUCUUGUGAAGCCCAAGCUUCUUCCUGAUUGAACCAAAAAACAAAACAAAACAAAACAAACAAACAAAAAAAAAAAAACAAAUUCAAAGCUUCGCUAAACUUAUUUUUAAUGGCCCGGCGAUAUGAAACGCUGAUAACACAUAAACUACAAAUCCCAUAAUGCAGUGCAACAGCUGCCUUGCCGAGCGAUCAAGCGAAGCUUCUGUUGCUGUAAACAACAGAAGAAUCUGACAUCUCAGCAGACACUUGUCACCCGAGCGAAAUCGCAAAGUGAAGCUGCAGUGAAAACACGCUUUAUUGCGGCAGAAGAGAGAGCCAAAUCAGCUUCUGAAGGGCCGUAUGAUGAAGGUGUGUGACGUCUUGUGUCCAGACAAAAAGCAUGUGUUGGCAAAUGUAAGCCUGAGUAGAAAUACGGUUGCGGGACGGUUUUGUGAGAUGGUCACUGAUUUAAGAACACAGUUCAUUGUAAGAAGCAAAGACUAUGUUUGCAUACUCUUGCUGUGGAUGAAAGCACUGACGUGAAGGACACUGCACAGCUAGUCAUCUCCACUUUGUGCGUUUACAGAGGAAAUGUUGGACAUGAAAUCGAUGCACGGGACAACGACAGGAAAAGACAUUUUUGAAAACGUAUGUCAAUGCGCACUUUGUUGAUAAACUGAGCGCACUUCGCACUGAGUUCUCUCGCAGCUUUGGAGACUUUGAAGCACAAAAGGGGAAUUCCGAGCUGUUUCGCAACCUAUUUGUUGCUCAGAUGGAGCAGAUAGAGCUGCAGGGUGAUGGGACACUAAAGACAAAGUACGACAGCGAAGGGCCCGCACAGUUUAUUCGCUCCAUUCCUGAAGCAAUGCAUCAGCUCCGUCUCCCUUGCGCAUGUUUGGUAGCACAUAUCCGUGUGAGAAGAUUAACAAAACGGCACACAAGAGUCGUCUCACCUGCAGUCCAUCCAGAGAAUGUCCACAACACAGAACCUUACACCAAACCUAAACGAAUCUGUCGCCAAGAUGCCAAGCAUCCAACUCUGACAAAACGGCAUAAGCGCACAGAAAACUUUGUUUUUUAAUUGCAAAAAAAAAGCAUUAUUAUUAUUUUUUUUUCUGGGAUUUUUGCAGCAUUUUCGUAGUUGUAACUUGUAUAAUUUUGACAAGAGGUGUUUUUAUGAAGAGCAAAUUAUAAGUUCCUUUAUUCUGGAACAAUAUUCCUGUCUGCUUUAAGUUGUAUUUAUGUUCAAAAAGCAUUUAGUUUUAGGGUGUUCAAUAAAUGUUUAUCCUGUUCGGCCCGCGA